AUGGCAGGAUUAGAACAGUCAUUAUUCCAAUUAAAAUUCACAGCAAAGCAAUUAAAUAGACAAGCAUCAAAAGCAGCUAAAGAAGAAUUACAAGAAAAGGCAAAAAUCAAAAAAGCAUUAACUCAAGGUAAUAAUGACAUUGCCCAAUUAUAUGCCCAGAACGCUAUACGUAAAUCCAACGAAAGAGUGAAUCUUUUGAGGUUGGCUUCAAGAAUAGAUGCAGUUGCUUCUAGAGUCCAAACUGCGGUUACCAUGCGAUCAGUCACUGGUAAUAUGACCCAAGUCAUUAGAGGUAUGGAUAGAGCAUUACAAACAAUGAAUUUAGAGAAGAUUUCGUUAGUUAUGGAUAAAUUUGAAACUCAAUUUGAAGAUUUGGAUGCAUCGACUAAUUAUUAUGAAACUACUACUAAUAAUGUAAAUGCAUUAACUACCCCACAAGAGCAAGUUGAUGAAUUGUUGAAUCAAGUUGCCGAUGAAGCAGGUAUUGAAAUGAAACAAGGAUUGAAUGAAACUAAAGUGGAAAUAACUACUCCAGUACCAAAUACUGUUUCAGAAGAGAAAGAAGAUAGAUUAGCAGAAAGAUUAAGAGCAUUAAGGAAUUAA